ACUCCUCGGCCGCCAGUCAGCGGCGCAUGCGCACCAGGCACGCGUCCUCCCGAGCGCAGCUGUGGACGACGUCUCUCCGCUCGAAGUUGUUAUCAUUGGUUGACGAAAUUGCCAAAACAUGGUGUCAAGAGUGAUGACUUUGGCUAUGAAAAGUUCGAAUUUAUUUUGUUUCUUCGGAACCUCUAAGAUACAACAAAAUUGUUCAAGACCCAGUUUGAAGGUAUAAUGCAUGUUCAAAUAGAUAACGGACCCAAGCGCAUGAAAUGUUCUGUUGGCCGAAAACACAACGGACAUUAUCCUAGGUAAACAUACGAAACUUCCGUUUUACUUCAAUUUUGUUGUAAAUUAUAAACUUUUGGAAGUUGUGUUUCGGAUCCUGAUUGCCUCAAAUUACUUUACAUUUUUCUCGUGGAAAAUUAUUAUUACAAAUAAACGACUGGUACAUAAACAAGGCGAAUAAAUUCUAGUUACCAAAAUAUAGGAUAUUGCUCGAUGUCAACCUAUUUUCAUGAAAACUGUUUCACCAUGUUUAGAAUGUAUAAUGUUUAAAUUAGUACUAAAAUUGGCUGUCAGAAUAAACUAAUUUUAGAUCGCACCAAAAAUUGCCAUCUAAACGCAAAGAAGAUGGUAGUGAAGCAUACUUGCGUUACUUGGCCGUCGAUCAUGGUAGUUGUCAUCUGCCUAACUACGUGUCGAGUGAGAGUGUGUGGUGAAAAAACGUUUUCAGACCGUCUGCUUUCGGGAAUGAACUCUGGCAAUCCUGUUCUCACGAACGAGGACACUGUCACCAAAAGUGAACCGACGGAUUCGCCCAUCCGCGAUUUCGGCAAGUACGUGUCCGCGUGGGUAGCUUACACCAACGGUUCUUCGAACGCGUCGAGUUCAGCUCACGGCGCGGGCGGGAACUCGGAAACGGGGCCAGGGGACUACGUUGACCACCCGCCCAGUACCAAGCUGCUGCCGGACGUGCUCGGCGGACCCCUGAAGGAGGUGAGCGAGUGCGUGACGAGAAGGCGCGACGAGCACCCGACGGACAUCUUGACCCGGUGCGUGAAGACCGUGGCCCUGGAGAGCGUCGCGGAGGUGCUGAGGCGCGGGGCGCAGCGGUUCAGCGUCUUCGGCGGUUGGCUGGUCUUCGAGAGGGUGGACGGACCGUCGGGCGGGCAGGGAUGCCACGGAGAACACUGCGUGGGUGGGGUCGACGGACUGGCAAGAGUUGACGAACUUGCAAGGGUCGAUGAACCGGCAAAGGUCAAUGAACUGACCAGGGUCGAUGAAAUGGGUAAAGUCGAUGAAAAGGACAGAGUCGAUGAAAAGGACAGAGUCGAAAAACUGACCAGGGUUGAUGAAAUGGCUAGGUUCGAUGAAAUGGGCAGGGUCGAUGAAAAGGACAGAGUCGAUGAACUGACCAGGGUUGAUGAAAUGGCUAGGUUAGAUGAAAUGGGCAGGGUCGAUGAAAUGGGCAGGUUCGAUGAACUGGUCGGGGUCGAUGAACUGGUCGGGGCCGACGACCAGGACGGCGCCUCGGGGAGAAGCGCGGGCGGAGCAGAUGCUGGAGGAGACGGUGGAGCGGCCCUGGACCAAGAGCUGCUCAGCGCCUUGGACCAGCUGACGAGGCGGUACGCGCUCCGGGUGGAGGUUUUCCCCGACGUCGGCGUCAGGAUGACCAGGAGCUCCACCGAGGACGCCGUCGACUACAGCGUCGAGUCGCUCGACGACGGAGCCGAGACAGGUCGGGGUCGCGCCGGGAGCGUCACCAACCAGAACCAGAAGAAGAAGAAGCGGAGGAAGAAGACGUCGCACAAGCAGGAGGCGGAGCAGCUGCGCAGGAAGAUGCUGCUGAUGAUGGUGCCGAUGGCGGUGCAGGCAGUCGUGCUGCCCCUGGCGCUGCUCAACAUGAAGCUGAUGCUGCUGAAGGCGCUGCUGGCGGGCAAGCUGGCCAUCGCGCUCAUCCUGUUCAACGCGGCGCGGUCGGGCCUGCUGCGCGGCUCCUCGUUCCGCCAGCAGGUCGCCUCCGAGCACUACGGCUACGGCGGCGGCGUGGAGCAGGCCGCGUGGCUCGGCCGGCGGGCCAGACCCUCGCGCACCGUCGGGUAGAGUGCGCGCGCGCAAGCUGCGCGGCAAUUCGUGGUCCCAAAAUUUAACGUCUCUUUUUUCCCACGGGAACUUAUAAAGUCUUUCAGCGCUCUCGCCGGUCAUGCGUUAACACCUAACCUCGGUAACGAGCAAAAUUAAUGUGUUCUCACGUUGCAAAUAUACUUUAUAAAUAGAGACCGGAAUAAUUCGCGGGUUCAAUGACCUCCAGGAUAGACUCCGAUAUCCUCUACACACUCGCGCAAAUGCCAACUGUUCAUUUGGCUGCUGACUUGUGAGUCGUCUCGACUGGGUGGCCUGUGAUUCGACACUUCUAUGAGUGAGGGUCUCUAAUUGGCCCUCAGUCCUCCAGAUUAACAGUGAACCGAUGACAGAAGCAGCACUAAGGUAUAAUUAUUUGAAUUUUAGCAUAACACGAAAUGAACCCGCGAAUUUUUCAGGUCUCUACUUAUAAAUACGAAAUUCCGAACCGAAAUUCAAACAAGGGUUCUUUCAAAUGAUGCCGUGCGUGAUGAAUAUACGCCAAAUUGUGUAUUCAACUACAUUUCCGGACGCGAAUCGGACGUGGUUUCCGCACCCGCCGCUAUGGAAUUCGCUGCCGGAGCAGCUACGUCGAAUAUAAAAAUCAUUCCAUUUGCGGAUAAAUUUUAAAUUCUAACAACAAAACGUCUGCAAAAAAACUUGAAAAAAA